UUUUUCCAUUCAUUGUCCAAUUUAAUUCCCAUCUCAUCCUUUCUGUAAUCUCUCUGGUUAGGGUUUAGGACACUGAGGUAUAGGUUUAGGGUAUGGACGUCCCAAGGAUUCCGGAUAACGUUAACCUUUUUCCGUUCGCAGUUUUGCAAUAGACGAAACGUUUGGCAGCAGAAUCGGCGUAAUGAAUACACCCCAGUUUCAGUGACACGUCAUUUUUGUGCGGCAUCUGACGGAAGCGACUUGCAUCCUGAUUCUCUGUGCACGUUUUGGGGCUUUUGUUAAUAAGAAAACAUGUCUAACUCGGUAAUUUCAGUUAUUUCUCGAUUCUUGGAGGAAUACAGGACCAAAACAUCGAAUAAAUUGAAAGUGGUCGACGCCUACCUAUUCUACAUCUUGUUAACUGGUGCAUUGCAGUUUCUGUACUGCUUGCUGGUUGGCACCUUCCCAUUCAACAGCUUUCUGGCCGGGUUCAUAUCUUGUGUUGGAGCCUUCAUCCUGGGAGUCUGCCUGCGUAUCCAGAUCAAUCCAGAUAACAAAGGAGACUUCCUGUCCAUAUCCCAGGAGAGGGCCUUUGCCGAUUUCUUAUUAGCCCACACUGUCCUGCACCUCGUGGUCAUUAAUUUUAUUGGUUGAGAAACAAAUUAUUUGAACCCUCAGACCAGAUUAACAACAGACUUGACCAAAAUGCACCUGUCACCUCAAGACAACAUUCAUACAAUAAGAUUUUGCCUCCCUAAUUUACCCUAACUGUAAGUGCAUGGGCCGAUCAAUAAUGACUGUGAUAAUACCCACAUCUUCUACAAAUUUCUGUCACUAAACUGUCAGUUUCUCAAAUAAUUAUUUUGUACUGUUUGUAAGAUUGUUGCAAACAACUUGAGAUUGUUGAAAUAAAAAUAAUUGUUGAAGAGUUGUGAUUUUAAUGGAAUAUCUCUUUAGCCUUAUUGAUAAUGAUUUUCUGAGCAGACCAUUCAAUAACUAGGACUGGAGACAACUCCCCAAUCGGACUUAUUCUAAAGCUACUUGAACUGUAGGGCUGUUUCAUACUACAUGUGUAUGACCUAAUGAUUAGCUAUAGACAGCAGUAUUCAAAUAUAAAAGACAUGCUAAAUUCCCAGAUUAUUUUUUCUCUGACACCCUCCAAAUCUGUCUAUUUUUCAUAACUAAUGUAAUGAUUACACCUUUAUUAAUUGCUGGCAAUCAAAACUUGGCCAAGUCUGUUCAUCUUGGUACAUUGAUCUAGUUCAAAAGAAGGCAACAGUAAACACGUUGUCCCCCACGAAUGAUGCAGAAAUAAGCGAAAGAAAAAGGACAGCUCUCCACACGACCUUUUCAAUAAGUCUUGCGAGAGCUUGGUAAGUAUGUUCUGUCUCGCAUGACUGAGUAUCACUAACUAUGAUGAAACAAUUUUAAGAAGAGGCAACCGUAAACACGAAUAAUAAAGGUUUCCGAGUUCCCAGUUGUUUUGAACGUGGCAUUUAUCAGAACAGACCUUUUUCGUUAUCUGGCGAAACUGUAGGGCAGUAGGAUUCACUUUCGUAUAUGCCCAGCAGAAGGCAGUAAAAUACAUUUUAAAGGGAAAUAAAACAUAUUUUCAGACUUUGUAGCUAGUAUUUUGGUCUUUUCAAGAUUCCGUAUGUGCAACUACAAACAUAUUCCCCGACCCCCAUAUACUUCCAGAGAAAGAUUGUCACCAUGCCACUGACAAAUGCUGAAAAGCAAAGAAGAUACAGGCAAAGACUAAAGGAGAAGGGGAGUUAUGAGGAGGUCAAAGAAAAAGACAGGAAGAGGCACAGUUUGAGAAAAGCAAAGGCUAAAAGCCAAGGAAAAUGGCAUGAGUUUCAUCAUCAUCUGCUGAAGAUGGAUCAAUAUGGGAGAUAUGAAAGCAGUGGUCAGCCAGGAGAGCUUUUUGAUCACUCACUGCAUUGGAGGCAGGUCAAAGAGGAGGCUGAAGAAUGUGAGAUUCAGCAGAGCCAAGGGUCAGCAGUUUAAUUAGGAGUUGAAAUAUCCCAGGUGCUGCCUUCUCUAGUCCCAGUCAAAGAGUCUGAAGAAUGCUCCCUUGUGCCAGUAGAUGAAAUUGCCUCAAUUACAGUGAAGGACGAAGAGAAUGAAGACUGGUUGAAGUCAGAAGAUGAGGAUCUUGUGAAAGUGUCAGUGCCUUGGGAGCUGUUGGAAACAUCACCAUCAUCAUCAUGUUCAGAUACAGAGGACAGUGAUAAUGUGCUGGUGAGUUCAAACAUUUAAUAAUAGACUGAGUGAAAUAGACACCCUUUGAGAUGUUUUGUAAGGUUAGGUUUGUGUGCAUUAUCUCUUUAGCUGUGCUUGUCAAUGGGCCUCCUAACAAUAUUUUAUGGAUGUUAUGGAAAAUGUCAUGUUUUUUUCUUUGAUAGCACAUGGACACAAAAAACCUCAGUAGAAAGAGGCCAAGAGCUGCUGUGACCAUUCUACCACAGGAUCCCCUGGAUUCAGAGAUGGAAGACCUAAGUGACUCAGAGGAUGAUGACCUAGAGGAUAUUCCAAAACCAGGAGAUCUGGAGGAUGAGUCCCCUUCUAAGCUUACAAAAGGAGAUGCUUCCCCAUACCCUAAAACCGCAGAGUCUCCCAAGAGAAAGAAGAGAAAAAGCAGAAAUGUAAUUAUAUUGGUUCCUACAGACGCAUAUAGCCACAAUCUCGACACAGUUGUAAGCCCAUUUAAUUCUAGUUCCUUCAAAACACAGCCAAGACAUCCGCUUUGGAAGAAGGCCGACAUAGAUUCCUUCCAAGUUCCAGAUCCAGUGUUUGUGGCACCACAGUGUGUUCAAUCCCCCUAUCAAUAUUUCAAGAUGUUCUUCACUGAUCAGAUGAUUGCACACAUUGCUGAGCAGACCAACCUUUACUCUGUUCAACAGACUGGAUCCGCAAUCAACACAAACUCUGGAGAAAUUGAGGAUUUCUUGUCUAUGCUUCUCUACAUGGGUGUUUUUGACUUUCCAACCUUUGUGGACUACUGGCAUUAUGACUCUCGCUUCCCACCUGUGGCUGAUACCAUGUCUGUAAGAAGGUUCCAGUCACUCUGCAGGUUUCUUCACUUCAAUGACAACAUGCAAAAUAAUCACAGUCCUGACCGCUUCUACAAGAUCCGACCUCUUUUUAACAUGCUGCGUCAACAGUGUCUCCUCAUACAGCCAACCAACAGGCAAAGCAUAGCUGAAGUCAUGGUAGCUUACAAAUCUAAUCAGCAUGACAAAUUUGGUUUUAGGUUAUUCUGUCGGGGCAGUUCUUCAGGUAUUAUCCAUGACCUGCUACUGUACCAAGGGGAUACAACAUUUCUCAACAGUGGGCUAAAUGUAGAUGAACAGAAUCCUCUGCUGAGUACCAAGGUUGUCACCACCCUCUGUACAUCUAUUGCAGAGCCAGAGGCUACAGUUGUUUUCUGUGACAACUACCUCAUCAGUCUUGACCUGGUAAAGUCCCUGCAGGCCAGACUGGGUGUGAGGUGUAUUGGCACUGUGAGAACAAACGGCACAGGUGGAGCAACUGCAAUGGAUGACAAGGAUCUUGCAAAGCUAGGGCGUGGAGCAUACGACUACUGUUCUCAAGAGGGGGUGAUUGCUGUCAGGUGGUUGGACAAAAAGAGUGUCUCAAUACUAAGCAAUGCAUGUGGAAUUGAACCUCUGGGGUAUGUUAGGCGGUUCUGUCGGGAGACCCAUCAAAAGAUUGAUAUCACAUGCCCAUCAGUCAUGUCGGCUUACAUUCAAGCAAAGGAGGGCAUCGAUCUGUCUGAUAUGCUGGUGCGUCUGUACAAGACACCUAUGAAGGCACGCCGGUGGUACCUACCUCUGUUUGGAUACAUCCUUGAUCUGUGCAUUGCCAAUGGUUGGCUGAUGUACAAGCGGGACUGUGACCUUCUCAAGGAAAAACCAGUGCACCUAAAAAGGUUUCGUUUGUCUGUGGCAGGGACUCUAAAAGUAGUCAACAAACUCCCAACCAGGGUUGGCCAACCAUCAGUUCCUCCAAAUCCACACACAACUCCAAAGCGGCUGCACAAUCCCAGAGCCUUACAGCCUACAGCAGAUGUCCGUUAUGACUGCCUUGGACACUGGCCUAUCUUUGGGGAACAGAGAGGAAGGUGCAACCUGUGCGUCAAGGGCGUCUCGAGGUGGAAGUGUUCCAAGUGUGGUGAUGGAAAGUUGUUUUUGUGUCUGAACAACAAGCAGCAGUGCUUUGUGUGUUAUCACCAGAAGUGAUCAUUAUCAGAGCACAAUAAUAUUAUGUUGGCUUUUUGUUACAUAAAAAAAGAUUUAUUCGAAAACAUUCGUUUUUGUUGUUUUCCUAUUAUAUGGAAGUUUCCAUGAAGUUGAUGGACAAUCUAAUUGUUCUCAGUGUUUCAACAUUGAUACUGUUAAUUGUGGCCAUUUUUGCUGUUACUGUGAUGCCUAUAAUUUGGACUACCAUGAAGUAAAGGUUACUUUUUUACUUAUGUUUUACUUCACUUGAACAUGUUUUUGUAUUAUUGUUUCAUAAGGACAUGUACAUUUACUAAGGUUUACUGAAUUAUUAUAAUUUGUGUUGCACAAAUAAAAAUGCGCUACUUGUUUCUCACUGUU